AUGGUUUCUUCGACUUUUACUGCGUUCGUUGUCAUCUAUACAUUGGAGGCAUUCGUUAUCAUUGUUGGAAACACGUUCACCAUAAUUGUCUUCUGGAGCCAGCGAUCCCGAUUAAAGCGAACAUAUUCCAUUCUUAUCAACCUCGCAGUUUCUGAUCUGCUUGUGGGGAUUGCCGAACCAAUUGUGCUGGGCACAGAGAAGAUUGCUAGGAUGACGGCCAUUCCAGGUAAAGAAAAAAGUUUUACAAAUCCAUCAUCUGCAUUUCAAGUCCUUGCGUCGACUACUUCAGUGCUUUUUCUCGCACUUAUUUCCUUGGAACCUGUUUAUUCCGUUUUAUGGCCAGUUCAUCACCGUACGACCAGAACUCGGUCUUACAUUUUCGUCAUAACCGUUGUCUGGGGUCUUGGAUUCUGCUUCUUUGGGCUGUCUGUAUUAUCCUUAUAUCAUACAAAAUCAAAGAGGAAAUAUGUUACUCUAACCAUUCAUGUGUGCCUUUUCAUAGCACUAUUAGCGGUUUGUGGAAGUUACCUUCAAAUACGUAGGAAAUGGCACUCAAACGUCAUUCCUGGUGAAGAGAUACACUCUCGCCAGACAGCUGAACGCAACUUACGACUGUCAAGAACAGUUCUCAUGGUUGUCGCUGUGUCACUGGUGUUAUGGUUGCCAGCGACUGUUGUGUACACUGUCAGACCCUUUUGCCGCCCACCAUGUGUUAGACCGAUUGUAAUGUCGGUUGUAAAUGUUCUUCAUCUGGCAAAUUCUAUGGUCAAUCCGAUCGUCUACAGCUUUGGAAUGGCAAUAUUCAAGGAUGCUUUGAAGAAAUUGUCGAGAAGAUGCCGACGACAUUCUGUUUGCAUCGAACCCGUUCAGGUUACUGACAGAAGCUCAGGUGGUACUUUCUCUCGGAAAACUCAACAUACAAGAUUUAAUUCACCUGAACUGGAACCCACGGAUGACAUCUCAACACAUGUGUGAAAUAUCAGAAAUAAGACCUUCAAUCAUCAAACAAUAUUCAGUGACUGUUAGCAAACAGAAAAAUACAGCAAAUAUAGAUAGAGUGGACGGUACUAUAAAGGGGAAAAGCAAGCGUAUAGUAGGUACACUAAUUCAGUAUUACAAAUGAAAGUACGGUUAGAGUCAUAGCAGUUACACAGUUUUGAUUAAUGGACAGUGUAGUAUGUUUCGAGAAUGUUAGUACUGUAUUUCAUGAUCAUUGUUUGUGUCAUUCUUCUCUUAAUAUAAAUGGAAUCUUUCACAAAUCUAUUUUUUGGCGGUAAACAUGUUCCACUUGUUAAUCAAGACGGCUAUUCCCUUACUAAUUUAAAGAGUUCCAAAAUUUAAGUUCGGUAGUUUUCUUAAUCAUAUCAAUAGUUUCGUAAAAUAAGAUAUCAGACCUAAGGUACAAUUCUUAGCAGCCUUAGUUACGAAUUAAGCUCAGACAAACGUGUUUUAGCAAAAAAAUUAUUUUAAUCAAGAUAUGUACACUGAGCUCGGACAUAACUGAGUUGAAAUCGUGUUUACAGUUUGUUUUUAUAAGUAAACUGAAACCUGACAUAUAUGAAAUUAUGUAAAUGAAACUAAUAUGACGAGCAUUAUUCUAGGUAAAAAAUUUGAGGAUAGUCAUCCUCAUCCGUUUAUUACCAGUUUUAAAAUCGACAAAACCGAUGGAGUUUAACUAUGAACUCGACACUGAAAACUUGUCAUUUAAAGUAAUUUGGUCCAUACACAUAUCGCGAUUGCCAUUGGUAGUAAAGCCGGAAAAGCAGUGUAAAUAGCAAUGCAUAAUGUAAAUAAAACUUCGCAUCAAAUAAGCAAAUGAUAAUUUGACUAUUUAUCCUGUUGUUGAGGUCGCAGCCCGUUCCUAUCAUAUUUGUAUCGUAUCUUGUUGCUAUCAGCAUUUACUCGUUGACUGGGACAAAAUUUAGACGUCAUGUUUGCAGUUGUACUAAUACAUUUACCUCACUGAGGUAAUGCUUAUCAUUCUUCCAUCAGAUUGGAUGUCUGUGAGAAUAGAUAUGCAGUUCAAAAUUGGGCAUGUGUGCAAGUUAUUAAAACUGUUCAAAGUUUGUCAACCCUUUAAACCCUAAGAUCAAAAUUUGAAUUCUCAUUUGUUGCCCACUAUUCAUUUCCUACAGAAGUAGUAGGGAGAAAUUGAUAAAAUAUCAAGCAAAUUCAACUUGUGUCAUCAUGACCGUAAUUCUCAUGACCACUCUGUUUUACAACGCAUUGAUAUUACAAGGAUAAAUUUAAUUAAUGCUGAUCACUCUUAGGGCUUAAAGGUGUUAAUAUCAAUAUCCAAACACGUCUGGACUAUAUGAAUGGAGUAAAUAAAACGAAUUAGAAAUAUACAUAUCAAAUAUGUAUUUUUAUAUUUUUUCGCAUGCAACCCUAAACGAGACCUUCACGGCUAAAUAUGAUGGCGUUUUGCCCAGGACACUUUAAGUGGGACCAAAAUUCGAAAUUUACACCCCUAAGCGAGACGACGAGCAUCCCCACCCCUUUCAUAUGCGGAGUUCCCCCCUCGGGGAGUUUAAGCCUUACGUAUGCGGCGAAGGGCAAACGUCAGAUUCAAGUUGAGAAUUUCUCAAAAUAAGUCGGCCUUAAUGAAUUCGAGGUAGGUUCGGCUCAUGAAAAGUUCGGCGUCUGAACCGGGCCUUAACCUCUCUAAUAACUAAGUGAGCCACCGUUGCUAUGUUUCCUCUCCUACUUUACUCUCAGUCUCUCUUGCUCUCUAUCUAAUGUUUCCCUUUUUUGUUAUAAAGCAUUUUAUGGCCGGUUUAUGAUAUUUUUCUUACCAAGGUUCUGUUUAAAACAAUUAAGUACUUAUUUUCAUCAGCUAUCAAGACCAUGACCCUUUACGCAAUCUUUAUUUAUUUCAAUCAGCAUUUUGCACGCCCUUUGGCUAUGGAUAUUAGAUAACGAUGUAUAAGUAAUUCUAAAUUUCUACUUAAGUAAUCUGAUCACAUCAGUUUAUCCUCGCACUUCCUUUUUGGCUGCUUGAAUCCUUUUGAUACGAUAAAGAUUUCACUACAGUAUGCACAAUAAAGGACGAAAGCAUUUAUAGAGAAACUGCGUUCAGCCACCUUUUAAUUAAGCCCCACUUAUACGGCGAUCAGCAAACAACAAAGACGCGCGCGAGAAUGAUAAUUGAAUGAAGUCCUCUUUCAUGAUUUUAAGUUACGAUGUUAAGAAUGUGAAAGCACUCGGCUUGUUAAAAACGGCCAGUGACAAACGAUAAGCGUAAGGAGCAGCGGAAAAAACUGUCACGCGGCCAUCUUCGUUUGCCGUUUUCCGCUUUUUCAUUACCUUGCUCAAUUAUAAAUAUCCUAUUUGAUCAAGAGAUUUAGAACCACCGUCACGGCAAACAUGCCAGCAAAGCGUCAAGUUGUACUACGUGACCAAGGUUUUCCGAUUUUCAUGAUAUUUGCAAUUAGUAUUUCAUCCACAAAAAUCAAAGACGACUGUUUCGAUAGACUUUGCCAUGCGAUAAGCGGGUAACUUGCCUUAUCUGGUUUGUUUUUACGGAGAAAUUACUUAGUUUACUUGCGUUUGUUAAACAUGGCCGACAUCAGAAAUACUAAAUUACCUCGACCUACGCGUGUCAACCGCACCAUCUCGCAUCUUAUGAACGGUUGUGUCAGUAGCAUGAUAUCAUUUAAUCCUCUGAGCAAUUAUCCGCACGUUAGCAAAUAGAUAAGUAUGAUAAGAUGGGCCGCCGAUAAUUACCCCCUUUUAUGUCUCCUCCCCGGUUUACUGAAACACUAACAAUAAACCCCCUUUUACUGCCAACAGCCGAGCUUUGUUUGCUAGACGCCUAACUUAGGAAACAAAGAAAACCGAGACUGUGGUCUGGGAUUAAAAAACAUGGCCAAGUUAAUGGCCGGUUUUAUUCAAAACUGUAAAAUCAUCUUAUCAAUGUUAAAAUAUGAAAUAAUGUUUACGAAUUUCUAGGUCUAGCAAAGGUGAGGGCCAGAAGGAAAAGGCCACGGGUCGCUCCUAAGCGGCCCAGCCCCACCCGAAGGCUGUUGGCGAAAAGGAGGACGAAAACACAACGCCUGUUUGUGUUUUCAAGUACUAGUAUCUAAAGUUGUUCCUAUUAAAACUCGGAGUUCUAAUAUAACGAAGAAAAGCGCUGGAUUUCCAGCGACCUAGCAAGCGAAUUUGGGAGUCUGAAAACCCCUUGGCAGAUGCGCAGCUGGCAGCGCCAAUGCGAAAACUGUGCGCUUUAUAUGGCUUUGUGUCUAAGUUACAAAAUGUAGGUGCUGCGUUAAGUCGCUCAACAAAAUAGGAUCUAGUAAUCGGACUUCCGUCGGGCCAACAAAAAAGAGGGCCGGAUACCGACCCUCGCAGAGCUAAAAAAUUUAAGAUCAACUGAACUGGACAGCAUGACCUUUCAGGAUAGAUAAAAAUAACAAAAAGUGGCCCAGAAUUCUUAUGCUUGUAGUUAUGCAAAGUAAGCUGCAGUGCCUGAAUUCGGCCCUGAGCAUCAACCAGUCGGUCUAGUUGCGAAAGAUUUUAAAUGAUAUUGGUAGUGUUGCCUCGAGAGGCUGUUAACUCCCCAAUGCGGAGAAAAGCGAAAAAUGCCAAAGCACACAUGGCAUGGCACACAUGAGACGAGACUGGUAAUGUGAUGAAAGGGAAUGCUCGAAAGCUCUAAUUAACUUCCGUAAUACUGGUAAAGUAAUAGGUAACCUGACAUCAUUGACGGGAUUUAGUUUCCGAUAACCCUUUAAAAUUUGUAUAAUAAGUGGCGUCUCAGUAGGAUCAGCGACACCAACAAGUUUAUGAACGUAACCAUGAAUAGCAGAAAUGUAAGUGGUUACUGACGAAGAAGAAUAACUCCUAGAGUAUAGAUGCGCGAUAAAAAGGGUCAGUAUGGCCGGUUGAAGAGGCAAAUUAAUAGGCAUAUCACCUAAAUGAGAAGCCGACCAAUCUGUAAAUAACUUCCAAGGUCGUUUAUAAACUGAUACAGAAGCGUUACUCAAGCUUGCCUCCAAAAGAGUUUUUGUUAUAACUGCCAGUUCUCUGGUAACAGUUGGGGAGGCACAUGUACAGCUGUUGGUUCUGGGGCCAUGUCCUUCGACAGGGAUUUGAAUUUGGUCACCUGUAAAUGCGAUAAAGCAUCAGCUCUCGUGUUAUGAACGCCUGGGAGGUGUACAGCUUUAAAUAAGAUAUUAUUCUGCAAACAUGAUAGAACCAAGGCGCGAAGAACAACCAACAGCUCCCUAUCUUUAGUCGUCUUUUUAUUAAUUACUUCCGACAAGGCUUGAUUGUCGGUGUGAAAGGUUAUGCAUUUGUUCGCCAGCUGAGUACCCCAUAUUUUUAUACUGAGAACAACAGGAAACAUUUCUAGCACAAUAAUAUUCUUAGAGGUCCAGGAUGGGGGCCACGGACCGUAAAACCAAUUCUGACGAAACACCGCUCCAUAGCCUAGAGAGCCAGAAGCAUCAGUAUAAAGAUGCAAGUUAGGUGAUGAAAGCCAUUGAAAAUCUAAGAAGAAUGAUCUGCCAUUGAAGUGUGUUUAAAAUUCUAACCAGAGCUUAAGAUCGUCCUUGACUAUACGCGUUAAUCUAAUUAAAUGAGUCGGGCGAUUGACCCCAACUGUCAAGUUAAUCAUUCGUCUAAGAAAGGUCCUGCCGGGUAUAACGACUGAACAAGUGACGUUCAGAAGACCAAUAAGGGAUUGCAUCUCCUUAAGGGAGACUUUUUUACGCUUGAGAAAUUCAUAAAUAAGAGUAACACAUUUUCCCAGCUUUUCUUCUGGGAGGCGAGCCUCCAUUUUCUCAGUGUCUAGUUCUAUUCCGGUCAAACAUAAAACACUACUGGGACCCACUGUCUUUUCAGGCGCCAUGGGGACACCCAAGUCAUCACACAUCGCUAAAAACCUAGACAGAUUUUGUUCACAAGCUGAGAAAGUUUUGUCUAUGAGAAGGAAAUCAUCUAAAAGGUGUAAAACACCUGAGAUAGCUAACUUAGACUUAGCAAUCCACUCGAGAGCGGCUGAAAAGCUUUCCCAAAUUUUGCAAGAGGAACUGGCUCCCAUCGGCAGGCACUUAUCAAAAUAGAAGCUGUCCUCCCAACAAAAACCUAACAAAUCAUAGUCGCAUGGAUUUAUUAGAAUUAGACGAAAAGCGUUUUUGACAUCUGUCUUAGCUAGGGCACAGCCCCUGCCUGUGCGCCUGAUAAGUCUAACCGCAUCGUCAAUCGAGGCAUAUUUAACCGUAGAGGCAUCGUUAGGAAUACAAGAGUUAAUAGAAUCACCGUAAGGAAAAGAUAGGUGGUGAAUAAGGCGAAAUUCUCCUGGCGUCUUUUUAGGAAUUAAACCAAGCGGAGAAAUGCGUAAUGAAGGAAAAGGUCGUUCUAAAAAUGGCCCUGCAGUCAGGCCUAGACUUAAUUCUUUUGACAGUUUAUCGGAAACGGCUGCAGGGUUUUAAGUAGCGGAUAAAAGAUUUUUGCAACUGGGGGGUUUGUGGGGCCCUACAUAAGCUAAUAAAAACCCAUGUUGAAAUCGAUUUAAAAGAUAGCCUUUCAAUUUAGUCGGAUAGCCAUCUAGGUAAAAAUGUAAUCUAUUUACUUUGACUGGUGUUGGUAGUUGGACUGGAUGCGACAGUGCGAGAGGGGGCGACAGUUGGUUUUCCCGACUUGCAUUUUGUGGCAGGGUGAUCGCCUCCACAUUUAAAGCAGGCGUGUUUGAAAUUACACCCAAAACAUCUUUCACCUUGGUGGAGUUUCCAGUAGAAUCCUCGCGGAAAGGGCUGCUUUGAUUGCCGGUUAAACAAGUUAGGCGGAUUGUUUGAGGAUGAAAGUUUGGUCAUGUGGUGCGCCUGCAACCGCAAUUCCCAAUGCACUUCGUCCCAAGGGAAAAGAGAUUUUUGACGUAAAUAGCGAAAAUUUUCAUCAUAAUAACGCCAAUGAGCGUUUUUUUCCGCCAAAUCGCGCACUGUCGCACUGUAUUUCAUUAAUCCGGGAGCGCUGUCCGGAAAUCGGAUGGUAUAGACGGCAACAAAAACCUGAAAUGUGGUAGUCCAUUGAUCGAUGCUAGUAAUGUGCUUAGAGUUUUGGACGGGUUCGAGACUGACCACAGGCUGGUUGGAUCCAGAUGAUUUUACCGUGAAGUUGUAUUUGGGAUCGCCUGGCAAGGACGAUAGAAGAGUUCCGAGAUCGAUAUAUUCGUUGGCCCAUAUUUUAGAUUGAAUUUUGUCCGGAACUCUACUCGAGAGUGGAACGGAAAUUAAGGUAUGGAUUUUAUCGGGCCUGUGGUCGGUCUCUGGCCCGCUAGUAAUGGAGGUAGAAGUUAAAGUGUGGCCCUCACCAGUUAGGUCUUGAACAACCUGCGCUACUGACCCCUGUACAGCAGCAGCAGGGAUGGAUGUCUGUACUGGCUCUGGAGGGAUUAUUCCUGCGGACUUCAGGCUUUCAAGUACAGCCGAAGAAAUAGCACUCGUGAUGCUUGAAACCAUAUUCUGAGAGACAACUGAACUCGGGGUCGCGGGACUUGAGACUGAGGAUGGCCCACUGAUCGCCGGCUCUCGGGAAAGUUCGCUUGGGUGCGGCACUUCGGGCGAGUUGAGAGCAGGAACCGAGUAUACUCGAGAGGUCUUCUUGGGCCUCUUGGACUUGGUGGGGCGAGAUGUACUGCUGGCCAUGGCCCUCGGGCGUUUAACUUGUGCGCUGGAGGCUGGUCUUCACUAAUCACUCGUUAAAAUCCGCUCUGCCAUUAAAGCUAAACCAAAUAAACAACCUACAAUCGAAAUGUUGAAUGAUUAUGGUGAAACAGUAUUAAGUAAUCUCAUUGCCUUUAAUGUCACAUCUGAAAAAAAAGUACCAUAGUAACGGUAAUCAGUUGAAAACACGGAAAUUUUAAUAUCUCUUUUGAACCAAAAAUGUAAUUCAUUAGCACUAAAAUCACAUAAGCGGUAUACGAUCGAAUUAAUGUAAAGGCAGUUUUUAAUUACUUUAUUUCCAAUUCAUUUCUUUGAAAACUCAACAAGAGCUAAAGCGCCUGUCCAACUCAUGCAAUAUUAUGACCAGUUGAAGUUUUUGUUCUAGGGAAUAGCAAAUGGUCAAUAAAUCACGUACGUACAUUUUGAUUUGGUUUGAACAAAAAGUGUUUGGAAAGAAAAACAAUAACAGACGAUUUUUUUUUUUCGCUUCAUCAUUUUUAUAACUAGUGGGUUUUGCUUCACAGCUGUUUCGCAUACAGAACAAGGCAUCCUUUGAACUUUUCGCUGGAUAUUUGAAAAAGUUAAUUUAUAAAAACAAUUACCAGCAAAAAAAUGUAUUUAUCGACGUCCAUCAUCUCCGUGGUCAUCUACACAGUACAAGCAAUCAUUAUCAUCGUUGGAAACACGUUCACUAUCUUUGUCUUCUGGACUCAGAGAUCUCGCCUAAAACGAACUUAUUUUCUCUUGAUCAACCUCGCAAUCGCCGACUUUCUUGUGGGGAUUACAGAGCUAACAGUCUUAGGAACCGCUAUAUCACAAAUCACGACAGAUGACUACGCAGUACUAAAGCAAAGCCAAUCAUAUCCCUUCGUGGCGUUCGUCCUCCUAUCCUCAAGUACCUCCGUUUACUUUCUGGCGCUUAUCUCCUUGGAACGAGCUUUCGCCGUCUUAUGGCCAAUCCGCCAUCGCAUCGCAAACAGUGGAGUUUACAUCAAAAGCAUCCUUGUUGUGUGGACAAUUGGACUGUGUUACUUUGCUUUAACUCUACUCUCCUUCCAUUACCCAGAAGUGAAAAAGAAAUACGUUUUCGUGUGUACUAAUACAUGUCUUCUUAUUUCUCUCUUGGUUAUCUGUGCCAGUUAUCUUAAAAUACACAAUCGAUUACGUGCACCAUCACCCGAGCUUGAUAUCCAUACCAAUCAGCUAAGAGAACGCAAUGUGCGGCUUUCAAAAACACUUUUUAUCGCAAUUGCUUCAUCGCUUGUGUUCUGGAUGCCGGCGUUUGUUGUCUACUCAACGAGAGAAUUAUGCCUGCGAUGCAUUCCUGAUACGGUGGUGCCCUACGUGUAUGCCCUACAUCUGGCAAAUUCUAUGAUGAAUCCUCUCGUCUACAGCUUCAGGAUGCAAAUUUUCAAAGACAUCCUGAAGAAAUUCUGCAGCCGAAAACGACAUAACAUGGAAAUGAGAGCUACACCGCAAAACACAGUGGAUUUAGCUUGGAGAGUUUCUUUCACUCCAAAAACGCAUGAGGCAGUUUCACCAACUAUUUUAUCAACUUCUGGCAAUGAUGAAAAAAUACAUUAA